AUGGACUUUCUAUCUAAGCUAAGGGGAUCAACUGAAAUCAAAGCAAUUCUCAACAGUGAUGGCCACUGUUCCAUUCCAAGAAUAGUGGAAGAUUAUGAAGCAGUUGUUGGGAUAACAGCCAUCACUGAUACCAGAAAGGAGGGGCCUUCAUCACUUCACACGUUGCCAUUUAUUAACUCCUUGAGGGAAGUGUCCUCUCAACUGCAAACAUUUCAGGCCUCUCCUGAGACUCCAGAUGGAACAGCCUGUGGUUCAGCGCUGAAUGCUGCCCGUCAAAUUUUGUAUUGGUCGUCUGUUUUUAUUUCAAUGAUGGAGGCCAGCAAUACAGGGCAGCCUACAUGUACCGUAUCAUUAUCCACUUCCACAUCAUCCACAUUGUCAACACCAACAUCAUCUACAUCAGUGUUAGCUUCACCAACAUCAUCUGCAUCAACAUCAUCUGCAUCAUCAUCAUCUGCAUCAAUAUCAUCUGCAUCACCAUCAUCUGCAUCAACAUCAUCAACAUUGGCAUCAUCUAGUUUGACACCAUCUGUAUUAACAUCAUUUACCUUGACAUCUUCUGUAUCCACAUCACCUACAUCAUCUAGGUCAUCUUUAUCCAGUCAUAACCCACCUGCUACAACUUGUGCAUCUUUGUUGUCAAAUGUUAUUCCACUAUCAGUGCAACAGGACCUGCAUCCUUUAUCCUCAUUUAAUCAGCAGUCUUCCCGCUCAGUAGUAAAUCCUCAACCUUCCACUUCAGAUACUCUGCCAUUUGGUCAGCAUUCUCUGUCAUUUCCUCCAGUUUUUCUGCUACUGGUUGUACAGCGUCUCCGUUUUUCAUGCUCAGCUAUCUUCAUCAACUCCACUCCUACCUUCCACAUUAUCUGGACAACCUGCAACAUUGCCUCCUCAAGCUCCCUCUAUCUCAUCCUUGCCAGUGGAAGUCACACCAUCACCAUUACAACAAGUUUCAUCAUCUUUAAGCCUGUCACAUCCGUCAUGUAG